CUUUCCUUUUUGAAUUAAUAGAACGUAGAAAAGUAGUGGUUCAAGCUAAACUUAUAAAACAGUGAACUUAAUUUGAAUGCUUAAUGGCAGAAAAGAAAUCAGAAAAAAACAGCGAAAGUGUCAUCCCAAGUGACAAGGAGACAAACAGGUUUAAGAAAUGCGAGCAAAUAGCAUUUUAUAGACGACAAAAGCUGGGAGCCAGACAGCAGUAUGAGCUCUUGCUGGACACUUUUGUGCUGACAGAGAAGGGAGCAGGGAUGGUUCUUUUGGACCCAAACAUUGAGGUGCAACUUUUUAUGCAAGUGUGUGCCAUCAAAGCCGGGGCUGUUAGGGUCACCAUUGACGAAUGGAAGCCCAUCAGACCGCGCUUCAGGGUUCCAGAUGUUUUGACCGGAGAACCAGUUUAUGAGCGGAUGCGAGUGGAGAAGAAGGAUAAGAAGAACGCAGUCACACUGACAUGGGGUACAGGUCAAUACCAGAUCCGGAUACAGGCCCAUCCGUUGUUACUGCAGGUGUUCUGUGAUGGGGAGGUAACAGCCUCACUCAACGAGCAGGGCAGACUGUUCUUUGAGACGGUGAAGGAUCCACCAAAGCAGAGGAUCUCAGAAGCAGACAAAGAUGAACAAGAGGACUCUGAAGGUCUAUGGAGAGAGACUUUUAAAAAAUUUGUAGACAUCAAGGCAAAUGGUCCAACAUCUGUGGGUCUGGACUUCGGCCUCCAUGGUUUUUCACAUGUGUAUGGUCUCCCUGAGCAUGCAGACACCCUCCGGCUGAAGGACACCAGUGAUGGAGAACCGUACCGCCUGUACAACCUGGACGUCUUCGGAUACUCCAUUCACAGCCCGCUGGGCCUUUAUGGUUCGGUACCAUUCCUACUGGCACACAGUCCCGACAGAACCGUCGGUGCAUUCUGGCUCAAUGCGUCGGAGACGCUGCUGGAUGUCCAGUACGAUUGCAAGAAGGGACCCGCUCCACCUAAAGCAAAUAGGAGGGAGGUGCUUCCCCAUACCAACCUGCGCUGGAUGUCAGAGAGCGGUGUGAUCGACAGCUUCAUCCUGCUGGGACCCAGUCCGUCACACACAUUCUUACAGUAUGCUGAGCUCACAGGAUACCAAGCUCUGCCUCCCCUUUUCUCCCUGGGCUACCACCAGUGCCGCUGGAGUUACGACGAUGAGGCUGACGUGAAGGCGGUGGACGCUGGCUUUGACCGCCAUGCCAUCCCCUACGACGUCAUCUGGCUGGACAUUGAGCACACGCGCCAGAACCGCUACUUCACCUGGGAUUCACAACUCUUCCCUGAUCCUGUUGGCCUACAGCGCCACCUGCAGGAAAGGGAAAGAAAGCUGGUGGUCAUCAGCGAUCCUCACAUUAAGGUUGACCCUUCCUGGGAGCUUUACAGUGAGGCCCAGGACCGUGGCUACUUUGUUAGAGACAGGGAGGGAAAGCUGUAUAAUGGGCGCUGUUGGCCAGGUGAGUCAUGUUACCUGGACUUCACUAGUCCAGAGGUGCGAGCAUGGUACUCCAGUCUCUUUGCUCUGGACAAAUACAAGGGCUCCACAGAUUCUUUACAUGUAUGGAAUGACAUGAAUGAGCCGUCUGUAUUUGGAGGGCCGGAACAGACAAUGCCGAAGGAUGCGGUGCAUCAUGGCGGUGUGGAGCAUCGGGAACUCCACAACUUGUAUGGCUUUUACCAGCACCUGGCUACAGUGGAAGGGUUGAUCUCACGAUCAGGUGGCCUUGAGAGACCCUUUGUGCUGUCCCGUUCUUUCUUUGCCGGGUCGCAAAGGCUUGGUGCGGUGUGGACAGGGGACAAUCUGGCCACCUGGGAGUACCUAAAGAUCUCCAUCCCAAUGCUCCUGUCCCUGAGCAUUGUGGGUGUGGCCUUCUGUGGGGCGGACGUGGGUGGAUUUUUCCAGGACCCGAAGCCAGAGCUGCUGAUCCGCUGGUACCAGGCGGGGUCACUGCAGCCCUUCUUCCGGGGUCACUCGGCCAAAAUGAUGAAGCGCCGGGAACCCUGGCUCUUUGGGGACACCGUCACCGCUGCAAUCCGCAACGCUGUACAGCAGCGGUACUGCCUGCUGCCCUAUUGGUACACACUCUUUCACCAAGCGCACACCUCCGCUAAGCCCCCCAUUAGACCUCUGUGGGUGGAGUUCUCUAAGGAGCAGGACACCUUCACUGUGGAGCACGAGUACAUGAUAGGAAGUGCCUUGCUGGCCUGCCCUGUGACAGACCCUGGAGCCACAAAGGUCAAAGUAUUACUUCCUGGGUCUGGUGAGAACUGGUAUGAUGUCCAAACGAAGCGGAUCUACAGCGGUGGCAGGACGUUGAGCCUUGCUGUCACUCUGGAUACAGUGCCCUUGUUUCAGCGUGGAGGCACAGUGAUUCCCAGGAGAACAAAGCCUGGCUCUUGUUCAGCUGACCUCCAGAAAAUGCCUUUCUCCCUCACUGUGGCUCUGGACUCCAAUGGGUGUGCAGAGGGCUACCUGUACUUGGAUGAUGGACACUCCUUCAACUACCGUGACAAGAAGCACUUUGCACUUAGGAGGUUCUCUUUGCAGAAGGGCCAUCUGAAGUGUUGCUGCACAGAUAACACUGGGCAGUUUGACUCGGGAUGCUUGGUGCAGUCAGUCACCUUCCUGGGAGUGAAGAAGAAGCCAUCUGCUGUGACAACACUUCUCUCUGAAGUGGAAGAGAUCUGCUGUACAGUCCAGUACCAGGAAGACCAGCAUUUGCUGAUGGUGGGAAAUCUCAGUCUGCCAGUAGGGAAGGACUGGGACAUGUGGAUACGCUAGGGACUGUUUCACACAGUGCUCUGCUGCUGGAUAUUUCAAAUGGGUCUUUGAAAUGCUAAAAAAUCAAUGUGACUAGAAAGUCACUAUUAAGACCAUUCAUUAUGAAAAUAAUUAUGAAAGAUACACGUGGUGCUCUGAGGCAGACUUUUUGGGAAGGGUUAUUAUUUACUUCUUGGCAUUUUGGCUAAAAUCAGUGUUAUCUAUUAUUAAUUUAAUAUCUGACACUUCAGAGGCAGCAGGUGACACAUUGAUUAG